AUGAGUGAAGCUGGAUCUAUUCUCGCCGCAGAAGGUGUUCGCAGCCAUAUGCAAAUCCUGAUGGGAGUUAUUGACCGUUCCUUUAUUGAAACGGUCACCCCUUCCAAGCCAGCACUAGCGAUCGCGGCUAUGAAGAACCUAAUAGUCAACAAAUCCAUCCUUGAGCGAGGAUAUCCAGGCGAAUUGUUCGGCCGCGUUCUGUUGACUCUUGCACGGGAUCGGGCAACUACAUUCACUCAAAAGCAAGAGGUCCCUACGAUAUCGGCUAAGGUGUUUUCGACUACCCUACUUGGCCAGGAUCUUGGGUUAUCCCCCAACGAUCCUCAGUGGGAGCGGUUCUUGGAAAAGAUGGACACCACGCAUAUCAACUUUACACACAUUUUCCAGCAGACGGAGGAUGUCGACGAUUUGUCCUUCGAUCUCUGCAAGGCGUGGUGCUUGGAAGGCUUGACCUCCCAUUUCAAGAGGGCAGGGCCAGUUCAGUUACGUAGCCUUGCAGUCGAAGAUCCGGCUGCUUCUGACAUUCCUUUGGAGCUUGCUGGACCUCAUAUUGAAGGCAAGAAGCCUCCAUUGACGGUGGUACUGCUCAUGGAUUUGGGCACUACAUCUGACUUUGGUGAAGAGAUAGCCGCUGCCCUUCUUGGGGCACUUUUCAAGGAGGCAUGCGAAGGCUUUGGUCGUAAUCCAGAUGAGGAUGUCGAGAUUCAAAUGGGUGCCUCAUCUGCGCUGCGUGGGGCGUGUUUUGGGUCCGUACUCGAGGUGGCUUAUCGGUCCCUUACAACCCUGCCAGGUCAUUUGGUGGCUCGACGACGGAGGAACAUCGCAGAGAAAGACCUUUGUGGGAUUGAUGAAUGGCGUAAAAGAGCUGUACCAGCACUUUUGCUUGGAACCGGCGAAGAGUCUGGCCAUUGAUCUCCAGCGUCUCAAACAUGAUAAGUUCAUCAUUGUGUUCGACGAGUGUACCUCCCGUCCGGACUAACCCGAGGCCCCUAUCUCCCACUUAUGGGAUGUCAUCAUCAGCACUUUUGCGGAUGGUUAAGGCUCAAGACGAAUUUCCUAUUGACAAAUUCAACUUUGGUUUCUUUUCCUCGAUACGGAUCCCAAUUUUUUUAAUAGGCGAGUGAUGGGACGUCAGAUUGACGUCAAGCUGCCAAAGUCCGCUCUGAAGCUAAAGAUAGAGGAAGACCAUGA